AUGACCAAUGUUUCCAGACCUCCUCCACGAGACCGUAGCGGCUUCAAAAUUGCAAUUAUAUGUGUACUGAAAGCAGAGUUUGAUGCAGUUGAGGGUCUCUUCGAUCAAUUUUGGGAGCCUGAUCACAAUUACGGCAAAGCUGAGAAAGACCCAAUCGUUUACCGCACGGGUAGAAUUGGUGCGCAUGACGUCGUUCUUGUUUUUCUACCAGGCAAGGGCAAUAUCCAUUCAGCCAACGUUGCAUCAAGUCUACGAUCUAGUUUCAACAGCAUCAGGCUCUGUCUGGUGGUUGGCACCUGUGGUGGUUCACCUUUGACAGUGGAAGAUGAGCAAGAAAUAAUAUUAGGAGACGUGAUAAUCAGCGCUGGGGUUGUCUAUGCCGAUUUUGGACAAGAAUUCUGCGAUGAACUUGUCAUGGACGAUAAUCUGCAACACUCAUUAGGCCGGCCUAACUUGGAGAUCAGGGCAUUCUUGAAUAAACUGUCUAGUAUGCGUUCUAAUAGCCAAUUGCGGAGUGAUACUCUCGCAUAUCUCUCUCAGCUGCUUCAGAAGAAAAAUUACGAGACAUAUCAGUAUCCAGGCGCAGAUAAGGACAAGCUGUACGAGAAAACAUACAGGCACCAGCACCAUAUACCGACACAGUGUUCGAUUUGCUCAAAAAUUGCGGAUCUUCGCGACCCGGUUUGCAAUCAUUCAAGAGCAUUAACCUGCGACGAACUUCUUUGUGAUGAUAAUAUGCUUGUUCGGCGCAAGCGGCUCCACGAUGGCGAUGUCAUGUCUAAUAAUAGUCAAUUACAUAUAGUUGAGCCAUUGAUACAUCUUGGCCUUGUUGCUUCAUCAGACCAGACAGUGAGAAGUGCAAUUCUCCGACAGAAACUCUUCAAUGAAAAGGGAGUUAUAGCGUUUGAGAUGGAGGGAGCCGGGGUAUGGGACACUUUUCCUACUAUUGUCAUCAAAGGGGUCUGCAAUUACGCAGAUAGUCACAAAACCAGGGGCUGGCAGAAGUAUGCGUCUGCAACCGCUGCUGCGUGUCUGAAGGCUCUCCUGAGGCAAUGG